GAGUCAAACAGACGGACGCUGUGUCUAUUUGUGUUGAGGUGUUUUAAAUCCCGUUUACAACUGAUUUCUGACUGGGACGCUAAUAGGAAUUCCCUGGUUUACUCGGUGUGUAUUCCCGUUAGGAGAAGAGAGCGAAGGAAACGUCUCUCAUCUUGACCUCUGCUCGCGAAUGGAAAGCAUCAGGAAAUACAUGUUCGUCCUCCGCUCCACUGUGGGACCUGGAAUCUAACAUCAGAACACUUUCUUGGAGGAUCAUUCAUUGUAAAUGGAUUCUUUCUUUGUAGAGGGGGCCCGUGUCUGGCUGCGGGACAAAGAGCUGCUCCUCCCUGCUACUGUCAGCUCCUGUUCCCACGACGACGGAUGCCUGGUCCUUACAACCGACUACGGAAAGGUGAUAUACCUGCAGCAGGGGGAGCUGAGCAGAGACGAGGUGUUUCCUAUGCACCCCACCAGUAUUAAUGGAGUAGAGGACAUGUCUACUCUGGCAGAACUACAUGAAGCUGCCAUCAUGUACAACCUUUACCUGCGCUACCAGAAGGACUGCAUCUAUACCAACAUAGGCUCUAUCCUAGCAGCUGUGAACCCCUACAAGCAGAUCCCAGGUCUGAUGACCCAGCAGAAGGCAGACCUGUAUAGUAGACACCACCUGGGAGAGCUGCCCCCUCAUAUCUUCGCUGUGGCCAAUACAGAGGAGAGUAGUCGUAUCUGUCUGUCUCCGGUGUGGAGUCGUAUCUGUCUGUCUCCGGUGUGGAGUCAUAUCUGUGUCUGUCUCCGUGGAGAGUCGGGAGCAGGGAAGACCGAGAGUACCAAGCUGCUGCUCCAGUUCCUGUCUGUGAUGUCACAGAACUCAGCCGGGACAGCCCACACUGAGAGGAGCACCCGUGUGGAGCAGGCCAUUAUCCAGAGCAGCCCCAUCAUGGAGGUGUUUGGGAAUGCCAAGACGGUGUACAACAACAACUCUUCCCGCUUUGGGAAGUUUAUCCAGCUCCACUUCUCCCAGAGUGGGAACAUCCAGGAGGCUGUAUCAUCGACUGUAUCCCUAAAACACUGUGUCUCACUCUCACACUCUCACACUGUCUGUGUUCUCCUUAACUUCACACCUUCAGAUUUACUUGAAAAGAACCGUGUGGUGAGACAGAACCCUGGAGAGAGGAACUAUCAUAUCUUCUAUGCUCUGCUGGCCGGGGCCGACAAGAACCAGAAAGAGCUGUACUUCCUGUCAGAGGGCCCAGAGUCAUACCACUACCUGAGUCAGUCUGGCUGUGUGAAGGACAGGAGUCUAGAUGACCUGAAGCUAUAUGAUAGUUUUAUGGAGGCUCUAAAGGUGAUGCAGUUCAGUGAGGAGGAGAUACGUGACGUCUUCAAGCUGCUGUCUGCUGUUCUCCUGAUGGGGAACAUAGAGUUCAUGAUGGCAGGAGGAGCACAGGUCACCUCUAAUGGAGUGGUCAGUAAUGUCAGUGAUCUGCUGGGCCUGGACUCGUUCCAGCUGUCUGAGGUUCUGACCCAAAGGUCCAUGACCCUGAGAGGAGAGGAGAUCUGUUCACCCCUCACUGUGGAACAGGCGGUGUGCUCUCGGGACUCUGUUGCCAUGGCGUUGUACGCCCAGUCUUUCUCCUGGAUCAUCACACGGAUCAACCAGAAGGUCAGAGGGAAGGACAACUUCAAGUCCAUCGGUAUCCUCGACAUCUUCGGCUUCGAGAAUUUUGAGGUGAACAGGUUUGAACAGUUCAACAUCAACUACGCCAACGAGAAGCUCCAGGAAUACUUCAACAAACACAUCUUCUCCCUGGAACAGCUGGACUACAACAGAGAGGGGAUCCAGUGGGAAGCCAUAGACUGGAUGGAUAAUGCAGAGUGUCUGGACCUCAUAGAGAAGAAACUGGGCGUGUUGGCUCUGAUCAACGAGGAGAGCCGCUUCCCUAAAGGCACCGACUACACCCUGCUAGAGAAACUACACAGUAGACACGCUACUAACCAGUACUACAUGAAGCCCAGAGUGACUGAUCACCAGUUUGGCAUCAAGCACUAUGCUGGAGAGGUUCUGUAUGAUGUCAGAGGGGUCCUACAGAAGAACCGAGACACCUUCAGAGAUGACGUCUUAAACAUGCUCAAGGACAGCAGGCUUGACUUCAUCUAUGACCUGUUUGAGCGUGUCGGGAGCAGGAACGGAGAGGAGACCCUGAAGAUGGGGACGGCCAGACGCAAACCCACCGUCAGCUCUCAGUUCAGGGACUCUCUCCAUUCCUUGAUGAACACUCUGAGUGCCUCCAACCCUUUCUUUGUGCGCUGCAUCAAACCCAACAUGAACAAGAACGCCAACAUGUUUGACCCAGAAGUGGUCCUGAACCAGCUGAGGUAUUCUGGGAUGUUGGAGACCGUGAAGAUCCGCAGAGCUGGUUUCCCUGUCCGCAGGACUUUUAAUGACUUCCACAGCAGGUACAAGAUUAUCCUGAAAGACAGGCAUCCAACAGACGACCAGAGAGGGAGGUGCACAGAGCUGCUGAUGUCAUACGACCCCGCCAAGAUAGACUGGCAGCUGGGGAAGACUAAGGUGUUCCUGAAGGAAGAGCUGGAACACCGACUGGAGAAGGGGAGGGAAGUGGUGCGGAGACAGGCGGGCAUGGUGAUCCGGGCACACAUACUCAGCUAUGUGGCAAGGAAGCGCUAUAAGAGGGUGCUGGUCAGCACCGUCACUAUCCAGAAGAACUACAGAGCUCACUUCUGGAGACGUGUGUUCCUUGGUCUCCGCACCGCAGCUGUCAUUCUACAGAAACACCAACGUGGUCGGCUGGCCCGAGGCCUCUAUCGACACCUCUCUGAGGAUAAGAAGAGGAUAGAGGAGGAAGAGGAGGAGAGACGGCAAGUAGAGGGGGAGAGGAGGAGGCUGGAGGAAGAGGAGUUGAGGAGGAGGGAGGAGGAGAGACUGCAAGUAGAGGUGGAGAGGAGGAGGCUGGAGGAAGAGGAGUUGAGGAGGAGGAGGAAGGAGGAGGAGAGACGGCAAGUGGAGGUGGAGAGGCUGGAGGAACAGAAGAGACGAGAGGAGGAGGAGUUGAGGAGGAGGAAGGAGGAGGAGAGACUGAGGGUGUUGGAGCUGGAGGAGGAGGAGUCCUGUCAGAUGGAGGAGAUCCUUCGGCUGGAGAAGGAGAUUGAGAGGCUGCAGCGCCAGAAGGAGGACGGGGUGUCCAUGUUAGGGGACGGCCUUGGAGAGAACGGGGAGGAGCUCUGGCAGAGGAGGGACGCAGAGAUCUACCAGCUGGAGAAGGAGGCGUCUCGCGUGGCCACAGAGUUCCUGGAGCUCCUGGACUUUGGGGGUCUGGAACAGAGUCUGUCCAGCGAGGAGAAUCUCCACGACCCCUCAGAGAGCACCGCUCCACGGGGAGAGGGAAGUCAGGCAGGAGGAUACCGCUACCGGGACACUCCUCCUCAGCAUGGAAGCCCUCGUCCUCCUCCUCCUCGGCCCGGGCCAGGGGUUCCUUUGGACCAGGAGGUCUUCUCCUCCCUCCCUCCUCCUCCUGCCUUCGCUGAGAGUCUGGUAGCACAUGCCCUGGCUCUCUCUCAGGCCCCGUGUUGUCCCCCUGUUUACUACCCCCUCACCUCUAUUGUCCCUACACACCACCCGGCUCCUCCUCUCCCUGGCCUCACCAACGGAGUUGGGAAGGCUCUCUGUCACCAACCCACCAGGAGAAUAGAGGUGGCUCCAGAGACCAACAGUGUGCCCAGAAGAGUAGACGUAGUACCGGACAGACCCUGUGCCAGGGUAGAUGUUAUGCCAACUCGAAUAGACGCGGUACCCUCCAGAUUCCCAGAGGCUGUGCCAGACAGGAGAGCAGAGGUAGUGCCCUCUGUGCCUGUCCCAGGGGCCAGGGAGCUCAGAGAGGAGGUGUCAUUCAGCGUCCUACCAGACACAGAGUCAGACUGUGACCAGGAGGAGUUUGAGGAGGUGCAGGGGAGUACAGGCUCUAGAGAUGUAGCCAGUAUCACGGACGGACAUGCUACUGAUGAGGAGGUGCUGAGGAAGUCAUCCUGUACUCAGAACAGCCUGGACUCCUUCAGAGGCAGCUCAGACUCUUUUAUAGACAGUGACACAAGCAACGAUGGCUAUGUGGACACAGACGAGGAGGUCUCCAAUGGGAGGGUGAAUCUACUGAACGGCUCUGGGCCUCUAUACUUCCACAGCUACCUCUACAUGAAGGGUGGACUGAUGAUCCCGUGGCGACGGAGGUGGUGUGUGUUGAAGGACGAAACCUUCAUGUGGUUCAGGGCUAAGCAGGACAGUCUGAAGAGUGGCUGGCUGUAUAAGAAGGGAGGUGGCAUGUCUACUCUGUCCAGACGGAACUGGAAGCUGCGCUGGUUCGUACUGAGAGACGAUAAACUCAUGUACUUUGAGAGCGACAGCGAGGAGAAACUGAAGGGUACCGUGGACAUCCGCUCCGCCAAGGACAUAGUGGAUAACCAUGCCAAAGAGAAUGCUUUGAACAUCGUGACUGAAGAGAGAACCUACCACAUUUAUGCAGAGACUCCUGAAGAUGCCAGUGGCUGGUUCAACGUGCUGAGUCGUGUCCACAGUGCCAGUCCAGACCAGCUGAUGGAGAUGAACCAUGAGCAGGCCGACCCCAAGAACGCUGUGGGAACUGUGGAUGUUGGACUGAUCGACUCUGUGUGCGCGUCAGACAAUCCUGACAGACCCAACUCGUUUGUCAUCAUCACUGCUAACCGUGUGAUCCACUGCAACACUGAGAUGCCUGAAGAGAUGCACCACUGGAUCGGCCUGCUGCAGAAACCUAAAGGAGACGCCAGGAUAGACGGACAGGACUUCCUGGUCAGAGGUUGGCUUCACAAGGAGAUAAGGGCUAAGAGCACUAGUCUGAAGCUGAAGAAGAGAUGGUUUGUAUUGACCUCUAACUCUCUGGACUACUACAAGUCUUCAGAGCGCAGUGUGUCCAAGCUGGGGACCCUGGUCCUCAACAGUCUCUGCUCUGUGGUCCAGCCCGACGAGAAGGUCUUCAAGGACACCGGUUACUGGAGCAUCAUCGUCCAUGGCCGUAAACACUCGUGCCACCUCUACACCAAACUACUGAACGAGGCUAUGCGCUGGGCGUCGGCCAUACAGGGGGCUGUCGACAGCAAGGUUCCCAUAGAGACACCCACACAGCAACUCAUCAGGGACAUCAAGGAGAGCAGUCUGAACGUGGAAGCUGUGGAGCAGACGUACUGGAGGAACCCUAUCCUCAGAUAUACCCAGCACCCUCCACUCCCCCUGCUUCCUCUGCCUUAUGGGGAGGUCAACAUCCACCUCCAUAAGGAGAAGGGCUAUGCCAGCCUGCAGGACGAGGCAGUGAAGAUCUUCAACUCUCUGCAGGAGAUGGAGUCUGUGUCUGACCCCGUGCCGAUCAUCCAGGGCAUCCUCCAGACCUGCCACGACCUGCGCCUGCUCAGAGACGAGGUCUACUGUCAGCUCAUCAAGCAGACCAAUCACGUGCCUCAGCCCAACAGCUCGGCCAAUCGCGCCCACUGGCACCUCCUCACCUGUAUGAGCUGUACCUUCCUGCCCAGCCGGGGCAUCCUGCGCUACCUCAAGUUCCACCUUAAAGGGGUGAAGGAGCUGUUUCCUGGAACAGAGGUGGACAUGUUUGCUCAUUUCAUAGGUGAGUCUCUGAAGAGGACCAAGGUCAGGGACUUUGUACCGUCUCAGGAGGAGAUCGUAGCCUUACUGACCAGGCAGGAAAUGACGACUACGGUCUACUGCCACGGAGGAGGAUCCUGCAAGAUCUCCAUCAACUCACACACCACCGCUGGAGAGGUGGUGGAGAAGUUGAUCCGAGGCCUGGCCAUGGAGGACAGUAGAAACAUGUUUUCCCUGUUUCAACACAACAACACUACGGACCGUGUGGAGAGCAGAGUCAUCGUGGCGGACGUACUCGCCAAGUUUGAGAGGCUGUCAGGCAGUGAGGAGGUGGAGGAGGAGGGACAGUGGAGGCUCUACUUCAAACUCUACUGUUUCCUGGAUGUAGAGAGCAUGCCCAAGGAAGGGGUGGAGUUCGCUUUCAUGUUCGAACAGGCUCAUGAGUCUCUGACCAGCGGUCACCUCCCGGCCCCAGAAGACACCCUGCAGCACCUGGCCGCUCUCAGGCUCCAGUUCCUCCACGGGGACGAGGCCCGGGUCAGCUGGUCUCUGGACACCGUCUACCCUGUAGGGAGGCUCCGCGCACGCAUCCUGCACUUCACCAAGGAACAGAUGCUGGAGAUGUGGGUGAAGGAGGAGACUUCAGCCACCAGAACCUCCAUCGUAGAGAAGUGGUCCAGACUUCAGGGACUGGACCAGCACACAGCCAUGCUCAAAUACAUGAACAUCAUCAAGGAGUGGCCCGGAUAUGGGUCCACACUGUUCGACGUGGAGUGUAAAGAAGGAGGCUUUCCUCAUGACCUGUGGCUGAGUGUGAGUGCAGAGAACGUGUCGGUCUACAAGAGAGGAGAACCCAAACCUCUGGAGACGUUCCCCUACGAACACAUCAUCUUCUUCGGAUCUCCCCAGGCCACUACCUAUAAGAUCACAGUGGACGACAGAGAUAUGUUCUUUGAGACACCUCUGGUUGGAGAGAUCACUAAGAUCAUGAAAGCCUACAUCAACAUGAUCGUAAAGAAGAGAUGCAGUGUCAGAUCUGGGCCCAGCUACGGAACCAACUGGAUCAGGUGAGAUGUGGGACAGCCCAGUUGGCUUCCUACCGCCCCUGACCAGAAGGCUACAAGGCAGCAGGGUCCAUGAAGACAGGACUGUUCUCCUCAACUCAGAUGUCUGAAUAACUGAAAGCAGGCUGCUAUUCAGCUACUCCAGAACUCGUCCAACUCCGGUGUCCCAACUCCGGUGUCCCUCAGUGUGGUACGCCAAAGCCAACAUUCUAGAACAUUCUAGAAUGUGUAGCGCUAAAAGGCGGAACUGCGUUCCUCAACCGUUUCCUGUUGCUAUUCUAUAGCUGUCGACAGAGUGGAUACCACGUUACCUUCUGCUAUUAUUUACAUCAAUUUAUGGACCAAUCAGGAUGUCACAUAAAAUUUCCUUUUGUAUCAAGUUCUACCAUUUUCCAAUGGGAUUGAGAGAGAAAUGUUUCACUGUCCAGCCUUGCCCUGACUAGCCUUGCCCUGACUAGCCUUGCCCUGACUAGCCUUGCCCUGACUAGCCUUGCCCUGACUAGCCUUGCCCUGACUAGCUCCCCUUUCCUUAUAAGAAUGUUGUGUCUGUUUUUAAAUUGGCAAGUGUUCAUUUUUUUAUUUAUAAUAACAUAUGUAAAUGAAUGGGCGCCCAACUAUACCGUUAUAUAUUUGCAAUGAGAAGAAGUUAUUUGUGUAAGUAAAGUUGAAAGACUUUCCCCUCGGGUUUUUCUGAGCAAUAGGAGUUGAAUCCCAAACCAACCACAGACUCAGGGGAAGGUGGUCACCCAUAGCAUCUCACUGGUCACCAUAGCAGCACCCACCCAUAGCAUCUCACUGGUCACCAUAGCAGCACCCACCCAUAGCAUCUCACUGGUCACCAUAGCAGCACCCACCCAUAGCAUCUCACUGGUCCCCAAAGCCAAUUUCUCCUUGGUUGGUUGAACCUCUUUACAUUUGAAUGCCUUAAAUGGGUUCACUGCUUCCAUCCAUGUGGUUAUUCGUCUACUUUGGACUGUAAAGUAAUAGUUUUGACUUUCAGGAAUGGCAUCACCAAGCCAGGGUUAUGUCAGGGCUAAUAGCUUGAUGGUUAUAACCAGUUAUAAUGCUAGUGGCAGAAGCUGCUAUUCUAUAGCCUGGUCCCAGAUCUGUUUGUGCUAUUGCCUACUCUGAUUAUGAAGCUUAACAUGUUUGAAAUGACAAUUCCAUAAGAAGUUGGCAAAAGAGCAGAAAAGCAGGCUUGGUGCCCAAAGCUAGCCAUUCUACCCAGUGCCCGAGAAGCAGGUUUUUAACUCUGGGGAAAUAACACUAGUAUUUUAUAUAACUAGAACAAACCAAUACAUAAUCCAUCACUACUAUAUUCAGGUUAUUAUUUAUUUACUAUAAAGGCAGUGGUUUAAUAAAGAACAUUUUGGCUUAAUUCUAAAGAACAUCAUUAUAUAAUUUAGUCUGAGGUAAUUUUCAUUUAAAUGUUUUAUUUGCUAUUUUGAUUUGAAACUAGUUUCGUCCUUGUAACGAAAUGUUUUGUGUGACUGAAACUGUUGAAAGAGAGCGUGACGUGUUGAUGUAACGAGCUGGAAUGUACUUCCUGGUUUUUGUGUUACCGAAGUAUUGUUGGUCACGAGCGAUAGAGCAGGGUUAACCAUUUGGCACCCCAACUUUUACGAGCAAAUAUUAUCAUAAAAAUGGUUGGACACAUGACUGUAAUAAAACACCUGCACCUCGGCUCCAAAUGAUUAACAUUUUGGAUGUUCUAAAGUAUUCCCACGCCUAAGAGACAUUGACCGGACAAAACAUUAGGAACACCUACUCAUAUUGCGUUUCACACCCUUUUGCUCUCAGAAUGGGCUCAAUUCGUCAGGGCAUGGACAAUACAAGGUGUCAAGUGUUUCCCAGGGAUGCUGGCCCAUGUUGACUCCAAUGCUUUCCACAGUUGUGUCACCUGGUCAGUCUAUGUCAUGGAAAGACCAGGU